CGGAGGAGCUGUGGGGGUGGUGGGAGCGGAGGCUGCGGGACCGUGUUCCCUUCCAGUACCUCCUCAGCAGCGCCCACUGGCACACCUACGUGCUGGCAGUGGGCCCUGGGGUGCUGGUACCGCGCCCCGAAACCGAGAUCUUCCCAGAGCUCGUCCGUACGGCAAUCACGUCGCGGCCGUACCUGGCGGCGGCGCCCUGGGCGGAUCUGGGUACGGGCAGCGGAGCGAUUGCGAUUGCGGCGGCGGCGGAGCUGCGGCGGCGCAGUGCGGUGGGGUGAUGUGAUGAUGAUGGUGUCGUGGGGGUGUUGUGUGUAGAGAAACCGGGAAACCAGUGAGGGAGCCGUCCUAGGGGGGUGCAUGGAGGAGGAGGGCGAGAAACAGGCAGUCACCCUGCAUUUGCCUGUCAUGCUGCUUGGCCUGUGCCGUUCACAUCCUGGGCUCACCUGGCAUCCAGGCAAAUGCCCCGUCUUCACCCCCUCUGCUUCCCUCUCCUCCACGCCUUCCUGCCCCUUACCCCUUACCCUCCCUCUCCACAGACUGCUGAGGUGUGGGCGGUGGACGUGAGCCCCGUGGCAGCGGCCUACGCGCGCUUCAAUGCAGACAUGGUGCUGGGGACGGGUACACCCCCAUCCUCACCCCCAUCAGCACCCCCAUCAGCCUCGUCCUCGUCCUCCACCUCCGCCUCCCCAGGCAGCGCACCCGACCCACAUCCCAACCGCACCACCACCGGCACCCGCAUAAGCAGCAUGCACAGCACCGUUAGCCAAACCACCACCUGCAGUGAAAGCAGCCACAGCAGCCACAGCAGCAGCAACAACAACAACACCAAUGCUACUCGCCAAAGCAACACCAACAACAACAUCAACAGCAACCCCGUCCGUGUCGUACAAGGCAGUUGGUUUGAGCCGUUACGCCACCUGCGCGGGCGGUUGGGCGGGGUGCUCAGCAACCCGCCGUACAUCCCCCGCUGCCAGAUGCUGGCUGGGCUGCAGGCGGAGGUGGGGCGACACGAGCCCUGGGGUGCGCUGGACGGCGGAGAGGGAGCGGGGCUGGACAGCUUGCAGGCGCUGUGCUCCGAAGCCGCCUCCAUGCUAGCUCCCGGGGGGCUGAUUGCACUGGAGACGGCGGGUGGCGAGCAGGCGGACCUGGUUGCGGAUCUGCUGCGGGCGGCGCGCAUACCCGAGCAGGGUGCUAAUGACGCCGACAGCAGUCGGAGCGGCGACUGCAGGGGCAGCGGCGACAGCAGUGGUGGCGACGCGGCCGAGGUGGGGGGGAGAGGUGCUGGUGGCUGCAGCGGCAGUCAUGCGGCAGAGGGUGCGUUCGAGGAGGUGGAGGUGCUGGAGGACUGUUAUGGUGUGAGGCGGUUCGUGCGGGC